AUGGCGUUCCGCAGACAUUUCUUCCUCCUGGUGGCCGCUCUGGCAGCAGCAGCCGUUGCAUCAGGCGAGCAGAGCGCACACCACCAUGCACGGCAUCACAAGAAAGCGGUGAGCGAGGACGUUCCCACUCAGCAGUCCUCGUCCAGCAGCCAGGACGUGUGGGUCGGUAGCGGAAGCGGCAGCCUCGUAGACGUACCUGACGUGGGAGAGGAGCCCAGCUGGAGUGGCAGUGACGACAGUGAGGAGUCCGACGACGGCUCCGAGCUGGAAGAGUCCGAGAGCGGCGAGGAGAGCGAGAGCGGCGAGGACGAAAGCGACGAAUCAGAAAGUGACGAGUCUGAGUCUGAUUCUUCUUAUGAAGACGAAGAAGAGCAAGAAGAGGUUGAGAAGCCGGCGAAGAAGAGCAAGAAACACAAGAAAGAGGCAGUAGACGAGAAUGUCGAAGUCGUAGACGUCACAGUGUCCGGCUCUGGCUCAUACGACGACGUAGAAGUCGUGAUCGUUGAGGCUUCGGCUUCUGGCUCGUUCGACGGCUCUGUGGAGUUUGAGGACUCCGCGUCAGGAUCAUUUGAUGGCUCCGUGGAGUUUGAAGACGAAGAGGAGGAAGAAGAAAGCGAGAGUUACUCUGACGACGGUAGCGACGAUGUAGAACAGGAGGAAGGCAGUGACAGCGAAGAAGACGAAGGCAGUGAGAGCGACUCGGAUGAAGGCAGUGAAAGCGAGGAGCAGGAAGCUAAGCACAAGCAUAAGAAGCACCACAAGGGCUGGUUCAGCGACGCUAUCGACCAGGUGGCCAACGCCACGGAGGAUGCCUAUGAACACGUAAAGAACGGCACGAAAGACGCACUCAGACUCAGCCUCGGGUUCCAACGCGGAGUGGGUGGAUGUGCACGACUUGGAUGA